AUGGUUACAGUUCUGCGUCCAAAAAUGGCGUCCUUGCUCGAGGGGCAACUGUUUCAAAUUAGUGGUCAGGGUCCACCUCCUCCAAAAGAUUUUUUCCAACUUGUUAUAACCAAAAAUGAGGUUAUAUUGAGAUCAUGGAAGAUUUCUCUGCGACUUGAAUGCCGGGGUGCUGCACCCAAGGAGCUGAAGACAUCCCAUCACGAUUUCCUACAUCAGAAAAUGCCACAGCAACAAGUUGGUGCCAUUUUUGGGCAGAGGAUUCUCGAAUAUACAAUAUCUCUUUGUCAAGGAAAGUUUGAUUACCUGGAGCGCUUACCUGACGACAUGUUACUCAAAAUCCUGUCCUACCUGCAGCUGAAAGAUAUAACACAGCUGGCACAGACCUCACAUAGAUUCAGAAAGCUCUGCAAUUCUGAGAAGUUUUGGGAGCAGAUUGUGAGGAAUCGCUGUCCUGAGUUCACCAGUGACAUGGAUGGCAUAGCCAAUGCUAUGGGCUGGAGGAGGAUCUAUUUUACCUUCUUCCACACCAGUGGCAAGAAGGAGCAGCAGUGAAGCAACCAAACAGUUUAAUUACUGUUCUGAUACAAUUAAAAUAUAAAUGUGUUGACAGUCAGAUAGUCAGUAUUAAUUUUGCCCUUUGUGAAACAAUAGGCUGUAUUUUCAGUGAUGUUUUGUGAGAGUUCAAGUUUCAGAUUUAGAGUUAAAAUACCAAAUGAUCUUUAAAACAGAUCGGUAUUAUCCUAUUACUUUGACAUGUAAUGUCACUAAUAUUCAAUACAUAGAAACAAUUUCCUGCAAAUUAAAUAUGUUGCAAAGAGUGUACAUUGUGAUCAUCACUGUCACAUUAAUAAAUUAUAUUUAUGUUA